CCCAAAGAAUCAUACCCCAAUUAGCCAGCAGCCCAGCACCAUGGAUGCGACCUCGUCAAUACGAAAUCGUUGUUCGUCUUCAUCAUCGCAGCCAUUUCACCCUUCGCCCAUGCGCUGAGAUUCACUUAAUAACGCACAUUCCCCUAAAUUUCUAUCUAUAUCGUUGGUUUUCCUCUCUUCUCUUUUUCCCCAAACAUCUUUGAUUUAUAAAUUUUCUUAUGUUUUUGCGGGAAACCUCUAAUUUCUCAACCCCCUAUGCUUCCAUCCUUGAUUAAUCGUCAGAAGAUGCUCGUCCUCCUGCGCGCGUUAUUCAAUAAGCCUUCCUUCGCCCCACAUUUUUCGCUAUGUCAAGAUGUCGUAGAUUGUUGACAGUGGGUGUAGCCGGGAAAGCAUCACCGUCUCUCCGGACAUGUCAAUCAGGCAUCUAUGCACAGGGGUCGGCCGAUGGAGUACCUGUCCGAGCCAGUAUAUAUUGUUCUCGAUACAGAUUGUACUUGCAUUACUUGUUUCCAAGCAGGAGACGUGCUUGGGAUGAAACCGGAAAAGGUUUUCGUAAUGGUUACUCACGGGGAUAUUCUGCAAGUCCUGCUUGUAACUCCGUAGCUUAUCAUACCCGGGUUAUUUGGAAGAGCUUGGCACAACAGUCUGUACGAAAUGCCCAAACUCGUCUCUCCAUAGAGAAGAUUGCUCAGGCUGUUAGCUUAGGCUUCAGCUAUUCUUACAUGGUUGUUCCUAGUAUGUUUGCUCUCGCGUGUGGGACCCAUUUAGCAUGGGCGGAAGCUCCACCAAGCACACAAUUCGUCUAUGAUCCCAAGAAUAGGUUGUACAUGCAAGCUCAAGACAGCCGCAUGUAUGUGACAGGAUUGAUAUUCUCCAUAUUUGAAGGACUUUUCAUGUUGAUUAGAGCUUUUUAUUUGGGUAUUCUGUUUACUCCAAGCAUCGCCAUGGCGCCAUUUGCAGAUAGUUUUGGGCCGCGUUUCAGGAAAUUAUGGCUUCAUGCUGUGCAUCAAACUCUAGAAAAAGCUGGUCCAGCGUUUAUUAAAUGGGGCCAGUGGGCAGCCACACGGCCUGAUCUAUUUCCUGAAGACUUGUGCACUGAACUGUCAAAGCUUCACAUGAAAGCACCUGAACACAGUUUUGCCUAUACAAGAAAGACAAUCGAGAGAGCUUUUGGUCGUAAGAUCAAUGAAAUUUUUGAUGAUUUUGAGGAAGAGCCAGUUGCAUCAGGGAGUAUUGCUCAAGUGCAUCGAGCUUCAGUGAGAUCCCGAUACCCUGGUCGUUUGAAUAAACCAAUUCUAGUUGCUGUUAAGGUGAGGCAUCCGGGAGUGGGGGAAUCCAUAAAAAGGGAUUUUGCGAUAAUUAAUGUUGUAGCAAAGAUUUCAGGGCUUAUUCCUGGACUUACUUGGUUGAGAUUGGAUGAAAGUGUCCAACAGUUUGCAGUAUUCAUGAUGUCUCAAGUUGAUCUUGCUCGAGAAGCUGCUCACUUGAGCCGCUUCAUAUACAAUUUUCGAAGGUGGAAGGAUGUUUCCUUCCCCAGACCUGUAUAUCCUCUGGUACAUCCAGCUGUUUUGGUAGAAUCUUUUGAACACGGAGAAAGUGUUACACACUAUGUUGACGAUCACCAGGGAGAUGAACGGAUCAAAAGAUCUCUUGCUCACAUUGGAACCCAUGCACUAUUGAAAAUGCUCCUGGUUGACAACUUUGUUCAUGCUGACAUGCAUCCUGGAAACAUUCUUGUUCGUGUUGCUCAGAGCGACUCGUCUCGUAAAAAGCUCUUUAAAGCGAAGCCUCAUGUUAUUUUCCUUGACGUGGGCAUGACUGCUGAGCUUUCUAAGAGUGACCAGAUUAAUUUACUGGCGUUCUUUAAAGCUGUUGCUACUAGAGAUGGUCGUACUGCAGCAGAGAGCACAUUAAGACUAUCAAGGAAACAGAGAUGCCCAGAUCCAGAGUCCUUCAUCCAGGAAGUGAAAGAAUCAUUUGAUUUUUGGGGUACCCCUGAAGGAGAUCUGGUCCAUCCUGCUGAUUGCAUGCACCAACUACUUGAGAAAGUUCGGCGACAUAGAGUAAAUAUUGAUGGCAAUGUUUGCACAGUGAUGGUGACUCUCUUAGUCCUUGAGGGUUGGCAACGGAAGCUUGAUCCCGGUUAUGAUGUGAUGCAUACACUUCAAACACUUCUCCUCAAAUCUGAUUGGGCAGAGUCACUUUCUUAUACAAUAGAAGGGCUAAUGGCUCCAUGAAAUGCCCUUCAGAAAAAAGACGGUUAUGCCUUUAACAAGCUUCGACUUCAUUUAUACACCACUCUUCGUUUUGAUAAUCUUCUGCUGGUUCGCGCGUGUGCCCAAGUCACAAUUUUGUUAGAAUUUUAACCACCUGUAUUACUCACUAAACUGACCUGCAAAACCCUUUGCUCAAUGAGGAUACCUCUCAGAAAGUAUUGGUUGAGGUAAUAAAUGAACACUUCUAGUUCAGUUAUUUAUCGUUUUAAUCUUGUUACAUAAUGUAAAUUCUUCCUCUUCAGGUUGUUCCUGAUUCAACCCAGUUAUGUAAAAUGAUAUUUGUUCAGAUUAUUACUACUAUUUUCAAGACCUUCUCAUUGAUCUUGAAUUAUAUUGGA